GCUGUGAUUACUUUCUUUUCUUUCCUUUUAUCUCUAAUCUAGAUAUCUCUCUAUGGCGGGGGCGGCGAUGCAUACAUCGACGGACUUGUUCAAUUUGAAGAAACCCAACAUCUGGAAGAAGCCGCCUCAUCGGGCUUCGGUUUCCUGCUGUCUGGGCAGCUCUGGUGGUGAUAUCUCUCGGAAAAGGAAGCUUCCUAUUCUCCUCUUCGACGUCAUGGACACCAUCGUCCGUGACCCCUUUUACCACGACGUUCCGGCCUUCUUCGGAAUGCCAAUGAAGGAACUACUAGAGUGCAAGCACCCUAUGGCCUGGAUCGAAUUUGAAAAGGGUUUGAUUGAUGAGGAGGAGCUUUCAAGAAAGUUCUUUAUAGAUGAGAGGGACUUUGAUUUGGAAGGGCUUAAGGAGUGCAUGAGGUCAGGAUACUCCUACUUAGAUGGCAUGCAAGAGCUUCUUCAAUCUUUGGCAGCUCACAACUUGGAGAUUCAUGCUUUCACCAACUAUCCCAUCUGGUUUCCAUCCCCUCCCCUUUUCACCUGUCUAACGACAUCCUUUUUUAAGGGAAAUACAUAUAUGUCCAACAUGCUUUAUACCUCUUCACUCCUCUCUUUCCAUAGGUACAACAUUAUCGAAGACAAGUUAAAGCUUUCCGCCUACUUAUCAUGGACGUUUUGUUCCUGCAAUGCUGGAAAGAGAAAGCCUGAUCCAGAGUUUUAUCUCGAGGUUGUGGGACAUCUCGGAGUUGAACCUUGCGACUGUAUAUUCAUCGAUGACAGGCCAGCCAACGUCAAUUGUGCAAUAGAGAUAGGGAUGGGUGGAUUAUGUUUUGAGAAUGCUGUUUCGCUCGCUAAGGAUCUUACGCAUCUAGGGAUCAACGUCUCUGUACCCAGAAUAUGAUUGGAUGUAAAUUCUAAUUUCUAUUGCAUCAGCUUUUGUAUUACUUUAAAGAAAUACUCAAAUAAAAAAAACACAUUGUUUUGGGAUGCAA